GCCAACGCCAACGUUGGAUUAAUAAGGAGUUCUCGCUGGGAUUUUCACAUGUAUAUGGUUGGAAUUGAAUGCUUUAUGGUUUUAGUUUGAUAGGAGUCGUAAAGAAAUCAACAUCGAACAAAGCACUCGAGCCGAGUACGCUGUUUUGCCCACGUGUGCGAGCCAGUGUCUGUCUGUGUGGUUGUGUGUGUGUCCCUGUGUGUGUGGGGAUCCCAGAGACAUAACGGUGAAAACGGUACCGAACACUAUUCGCUCGCUCUCCGCCGUCGCGGUCGCUUUUGGCGCUCCUCUCUUCGCAGUUGGUGUGCUCCAAUUGUCAGGCCCCAGGCCGUAAAGAUCGCCCUGGCCCAGGCCGUAAAAAUAAUCAUAACAAUAAUCGUAAAAAAUUAGAACCGCAGUCGCACAGUGGCCCUCGUUCGGCGCAGACAUUAAACCCCAAAAAUAAUAACAAUAAUAAUCGCCAUAAAAACACCAGCAAGCAAAUCAAAACAAAAACCCAGACCAGGGGGGAUUCAGGCAGCAAAAAAAAACAGAAAACAAAAAAAAAAAAGAAAUUCGCGCGCGUAUCUUUUUGAGUGUCUGUCUGGCAGGUGUCUGGCAGAUGUACCCCGCUAAUUGUGCAAUAUCACUACAGUGUGCUAAAAAGUUCCAAUUGAUCAAGCCAAAUCCUACUACCUAAGUGUUUAUCUAUUCUUAACAACGUGCACCCAAAACUUGAAUCUGCCGCACAACGUUUUCUAGUCCCCCGCAAAACGAGCAAUAUUUUUAACUUCAAAAGGCAAAAGUUUUAACUCUCGCAGUCAAAAAAGAAAAUAUAAUCGUAGACAGCCAAAAAAUACAAAGAAAAAGUAAGAAAACAUCUACAGAUGCGAAGAUAAAGUUUCAUUUCAAUGUGGGUAAAGUUUUACUUCAACUGAGAAAUUUGCAAAGCUCCCAAGGAUUGAAGGAUAAGCACACGUUGUUGGAUUAAAAAGUGCAAUUUUGGAUUAACCCAGGUGUAAAUGGAUUACAAAAUUGGAUUACUUACAUGGAUUACCACAAUUUAGCAGCACAUCGAAUAAGGUAAAUAUCCCUCAAAGGACUACAAUGGCAGAGAAUGAGUUUACUUUUCAAACUCUUUUCUUUAUCCCCGAAGUUUCAAAAUCAAAAUUGAGGAAUACCAACUAGAGGAUAAGGCUACUUAAGGAUCAAAAAAGGACACCAAGGAAAGGAGACGAUAUCGUCACUUUUGGCCAAGACAGCAAACAGAGGAACAGAAAAGCGGAAAUCAUUUUAUACCUCACACCACAACUACACACUAACUAAGAUUAGGAUACGCAACUGUACAUUGUACUUAAGUGUUCAAAGGAUAUUUAGUUCACUUUGUAUAUAAGAAAAGUAGCUAAAAGCACCGGGAGGCAACAGGAGCACGGAGCACCACAGUCACUAGCCACUAAGAGCCGCCGAGCCGUUGAGCCGCAGUCACGAUCACGUUCACGCCAGGAUCAGGUUUGGGGGGAGGACCCGGAGCAGGUGCAGGAGCAGCGGACGCUGAAGCAGCCGCCACAAUGACGAUGAGUACAAACAACUGCGAGAGCAUGACCUCGUACUUCACCAACUCGUACAUGGGGGCGGACAUGCAUCAUGGCCACUAUCCGGGCAACGGCGUCACCGAUCUCGAUGCCCAGCAGAUGCAUCCCUACAGCCAGAACCCGAACCAUCAGGGCAACAUGCCCUACCCGCGCUUCCCGCCCUACGAUCGCAUGCCCUACUACAACGGCCAGGGCAUGGACCAGCAGCAGCAGCAGCAACAGCAUCAGCAGCACCAGGUCUACUCCCGCCCGGACAGCCCCUCCAGCCAGGUGGGCGGGGUUAUGCCGCAGGCGCAGACCAAUGGCCAGCUGGUCGCCCAGCAGCAACAGCAGCCGUCGCAGAACCAGCAGCAACAGCAGCAGGCCCAGGGUCCGCAGCACCAGCAGCAGAUCCCACAGGUGACGCAACAGGGGACACAUCCGCAGCAGCAGCAACAGCAGCAGCAGCAGCCCGUCGUCUAUGCGAGCUGCAAGCUGCAGGCGGCCGUCGGGGGCCUGGGCAUGGUGCCGGAGGGAGGCUCGCCCCCGCUGGUGGACCAGAUGACCGGCCACCACAUGAACGCCCAGAUGUCGCUGACCCACCACAUGGGACACCCGCAGGCGCAGUUGGGGUAUACGGACGUUGGAGUUCCCGACGUGACAGAGGUGCACCAGAACCACCACAACAUGGGCAUGUACGGACAGCAGCAGACGGGAGUACCGCCAGUGGGCGCACCACCACAAGGCAUGAUGCACCAGGGCCAAGGGCCCUCACAGAUGCACCAGGGCCAUCCCGGCCAGCACACGCCCCCUUCCCAAAACCCGAACUCGCAAUCCUCGGGGAUGCCGUCACCACUGUAUCCCUGGAUGCGAAGUCAGUUUGGUAAGUGUCAAGAACGAAAACGUGGCCGUCAGACGUACACACGCUACCAAACUCUGGAACUGGAGAAGGAGUUCCACUUCAAUCGGUACUUGACCCGCCGGCGGAGGAUCGAGAUCGCCCAUGCCCUCUGCCUAACGGAGCGCCAGAUCAAGAUCUGGUUCCAGAAUCGGCGCAUGAAGUGGAAGAAGGAGAACAAGACGAAGGGCGAGCCGGGAUCCGGUGGCGAGGGCGACGAGAUUACGCCACCCAACAGUCCGCAGUAGAUUGGGGGGAUAAAGGAGGAGAGUCCAGUCCAGUCCAGUUAAAUGAAAUUUCUAUCUAAAUACAAUUUACGUUAGUUCGGAGAGCGCAAAUGAAUUUACUUCGAUCCCAGAGGACUAUCUAUUAUCUAUCCAAUUCGUUGAACUUCGCGUGAACUUAACUAAACAAAGAGAGGAAGCUCAGAACUCUACCUACAACUUAGUUAAUUGUUAUUAUUUUCUACUUAUUAUUUAAUUGUACACGAAUGGAGAGUGGAGAAAGCGAAAUAAGAUAAACGUAAAGAUAACGAUUACGAUAAAGAUACAAGUAAAGCGUAAAACUCAAACAAAACCAACUCAUGUGACCUCAGAUCUAAAUAAGCUAUAUUUAACUAUAAUGCAUAUAUAUACGUAUAAAUAUAUGGAUAACUAUACAUGAUACCAAGUAAAGCUAAAGGCAAGGAGUAAUAUAUAAAUAAAUAUAUAUGAAGCAUAUAUACUAUAUACACGAUAACAUUAGUUCUACGCGUCAUAAGUACUAUUAACUUAUAUAUACAGCCCCAUCAUAAACCCUAAACCCUAAACCCUAAACAUUAAACUAAAUCAAUGUUUGUAGCAAUCCUAGCGCAAAAGCAUUAAAUAAAAACCAAUAAAAAAACAUAAAAAAUGUGGCGUCAAAAUCCAUUGCAUGUUGGUUCAAAGAAACCCAAAACAUUUUAUAAAGCAGAACAUGUUAAUAAAGGACUUCUCCCUAAGCGAAGUCCUCAAAUUUAGACAAAGAAAUACCAAAACCACAGAAAGACGUUGCUUAAAGUAAACAAAACGUUUUCAUCUACAAUAAAGAACUAUACCAUACUUCUGUCGUAACUAUGAAUAGUAGGAAAUUGCAAACGAUUGGCAAAAUUCAACAAGGACAAAAAGGAUAAGGAUCUUUGGCUUAAAUACUUUCUAAAACUCUAAAUUGGACUCCAGUCCGAUUUGCAGAGAUACUCGAUUUAAAAGUGUUUUGCGUAUUUUUUUUUUGUAAUUUGUAAUUUCUUGUGCAAUUUUUAGUUCUUGCAAAAAAAAUAUAAUUCGAAUUAGGUCGAAAAGGAUAUAAAGUAUACCGAUAAAGCAAAAAUAUUAAUUGGCAAAUGAAAACAAAUACGAAUUGUUAACAAAACAAGAACUCAAAGAAUAUGUAUAAAUAUUAAAGAAAGAAAACCCUGUAAAGUAGUAAAUGAAGCGAAUGAAGUGAAUUAUUAUUCGAGUAUAUGGGGAAUCCCUUUGAACGCAGAACCGAACGAUUUCUAUAUGAAUAUACGCCUAACAACUAUAUAAAUGUAUGUACGUAACUCAAACUCAAUUUCCACGCCAGAUGUGUGGAAAUCUAUAUACCAAAGUCAAAAGAUUGAAAGAGAAGGAUAAGAGGAUGGGAGAGAAAAUAGUAAAGCAUCGUAUGUUUAUAUGUAGAUAUAUAAUUAAACAAACCCAAUAUAAAACUCGUAACUUUGUAGAGCGUUCCGUUUUGUAAAUCCCCCCAAAAAGCAGCCCUUUCCCACACUCCCAAACCGAUUCCCAGUCCCAGGUGAAAGGAUUUGUGAUUUGCAUGAAAAGAAAUUGUCAAAGGAUGUCGAAAAAGAGCACUUUUCAAACGAUUGGCUAUAAACACCCAUGAGAACGGAAUUCAACUCAAUCCAGAUACGUAACUUUCGGCCUCAUUCUGUAAGAAACUAACUAUUUAAGUUUCAAUUCAAAAAUAUUUAAAAAGAACAUAGGAUGUAGAAAUUCACAAGAAACAAAAUUCGAAUGCGUUGAUAAAAAAAAAUAUAUAUAUAUUUGAAUAAACAAAAAAUAUACAAAAAAAAAAAAUAAAAGAAACCCAAACAUUUGUGCGAAAUUGAAACGAAAUGUGGAAGCUAAACAAUUUGUUGUAAAUAAAAUUAAAAUUUUAGUGUAAACAUGAUGGAGAAUGCAGUUGAAGAGCUGUAAAGGCAAAGCAAAAAGCAUAAUGAAAAAUUAUAAUUAAAUUACAAAUGAGAUUUUGUUUUUAUUUGUAAUAUUUAUAAUAAAAAUAUAGUAUUUAAAAAUUUA